GGGGGAGACAGGGCCGAAGGGAGGGUGCGUGCGGCGGCGAGCGGCGGCGAGCUGGCGGGCGCGGCGGCGCGGGGCCGAGCCAGUGUGCGCCGCGAGCCCGCGCCGAGCUGUGCCGCGCCUUGCUGAGCCGUGCCGCGUGCCGCCAUGGAGCACUUCAUCGAGACCGUGCGCAAAUACCCCUGCCUGUGGAACACCACCGCCAUCGAGUACAGGGACCAGGAGCUCAAGGACGCAGCCUGGGCGGAGGUCAUGAAGGAAACGGACCUGUCGUCAGUCAAGGAGGUAAAACUGAAAUGGAAGAAGCUUCGGGACAGCUACCGCGACGCCUUGAAGCGACAAAGCGAGAUGCUCGCCAAGGAGCCUGGCAACUCCUCGAAGAAAGUCUACCCUUGGAAGUACAUGGGCUUGAUGCAGUUCCUACAACCGUACAUGAGUAACAGAAAGAAACCGGCGGAGACUGCACCUCCUGCACCCAACGGGACUGCUGGAUCAUCAGAUUCCUCAGAAUCGGAGGCUGAUUCGUCGCCUAAAAGGAAGAGCUGUGAACGCUUGACGGUCAUAGAUCGGAAGCUGGACUACUUGUGUAAGGCUCAGCAGAACAAGAGGGUGUGCGUCGACAAUGCCAAUGGCCGCCGCGACCCGCCCGCGCCUGACCCGCUCGACAUAUUCUUUAACAGCAUGUGCCAAUCAACGAAGCGGUUCCCGUUCCCCACUCAGAUCAGGAUCAAGAGGAAACUAUUCGAGGCAGUGAUGGAGGCUGAGGAAACCCUGGUGGCCGAGCAGCAGAGCUACGCCAGCCUGUGGGCCAGGGCUCCAGCCUCCUCCUCCAGCAGCGACGACGACAAGGAGGAAGAGAAACCCUCCUGAGCCUCAUACUUGCAAUGGUUGUACUACUAUUACAACUGCAACCAACAGGCACAACAUUGACUGAAUGGAUACUUUUUUCUAUAUAAUCUCAGGUUGCUGAACAAAAGGCAGAUAGAUGGAACGCACGGAACCAAAGCAAAUGCGAAAUCAAAAUUAAAGACUUUUUUUGUCUUUGUGAACAGUUUUUACAAUGUUUGAACAAGGCGGCACGGUUUUGAUAAAAACUUAAUAUUCGCGGGACGUGUUCACAACACGACGCGUUGUAGUGUACUGACGUGAGUUGAUAUUCGCUUUGGACUUGAUAUUUGCUUUGGUGGCACGCAAUCUGUGUACCGUGCGCUCCAUCUGCCUGUAGUUUAGUAAUCUGAGUAUAAAAUAUUUCAUAUUUUUGAAAUAGGUGGCUUAGAAGCACACCGCCCGCCUGAUGUUACGCGGUAAUUAUAAAUGAGGUAAUUACUAGAAAUUCGGUAUAUUCCUACCGGUAAAUUACUAAUAAGCAGUAAUUGGUUGACACAUCACCGGGCAGGCAAUGUCGCGAAUAAAAAUUUUUGUUAUCGCAAGCGUCUAUAGGAUAUUGUGGCCGCUUAAGGUCUCCCGCCCAUAGGCGCGUUUUUAUCGGUCGAUAAGACCGAAUGCGUUAAUGCGAUUUUUCAUCAUACUUCUUUUGCGUCGUUAUUAUCAUAGCAAUGUGUAACUUCGUAGCCGUCCUAAUACAUUAUGUACUAAAACAUACAGCAAUAAUGCAUCCGAUAUUGUCGACCGAUAAUAACGCAACGCGCCUAUGGUGGAUGGGCCUUACGAUACCAAAAAUAUCACUCGGGCCGUUGCCUACCCCGACUCAAUCCCCACUUCGUGGAAUAUGUCGGAAUAUUACUACUAAUUAGUAAUUUAUCUGUGUGAAUAUUCCGAAUUCCUAGAUGUUUUUAAUUGGUAAUUAGGUACCGCGUUUUCCGGAAAUAAUGGUAAUUUUAUCUACCUUACACGGGAAUAUUAGUAAUAUUCAAAACCUAUUUUAUAACAUAACCAAACGACCAAAGUCAAAACUAUUCGUUAUUAUAAAGUAUUACAUUAAAAUAAUGAGAAAAUUUUAGUCUUAGAUGUAAUUCGUAUUAACUAGGUACAUAUAAUAUUUUUUUAACUGAAAUCUAAUCGCCACUUUUAUAUUAAAAUAAUGUAAAAUUUUGUUACCAAUGCUUAAUUAAGCAAAGGUUGUGUGAAUUUUGAUUAAAACAAAUCAGUAUUUUGUACUAGUUGUUAAAAAAGUGUCUUUAUAUAGAUAAGUAAGUUUGAGUGCUGCAAAAUGGACAGCAUAUCGAAAUAGUGUGUAUUUGUUUAAUUAAAAGUGCAUUGAAAGUCCAAAAAUAUUAUUAUAAUAAGGCAAAACAUAUAUAAUUCUGGUACUUCGCAUGUCUACGCGCUAUUUGUAGUUUUUUAUGUUAAAUGAGUGACAAAUAAGCAUAUGGCUCGCCUGAUGGUAAGCGGCCACCAUAGCUUAAACCUUGCGUUACCAAAGCUAUAACUCGCGCCGUUGUCUACCCUGACUACGGUUACCAUUUAGGAAUUUCAGAGGUCCUGACAAAAAUCCUGACAUUUCGAAAAAAGUCCGGACUUUUUAGUCACAAAAUGGUACCAUCACUCACUUAGUUACAAUGGUAUGGUAUUUAAAUCAAUAUGUACUUUUAUUAUUCAUAUUCCAUGUAAUUUAAAAUAUCCGGAGAAUUUAAAUAUCCGGGCAAAGUCCGGACAUGUCCGAACUAAUCCUGACGGAUGGUAACCCUACGCCUGACCCUAUCCCCUACCCCGUAGAACCUUGGCACAGACAGAAACACAACAACACCGAAAGGUAGUUAUUUUAAUGUGGUAUUCAGUAAGGUGGAGGUUACUCCCCCAGGCGUAAAUCAAGAGAUAAAUAAAUAAAUAUUUCCAACACUCACACCAACUAGCCUAGCCCCAAAGUAAGCACUGUAAGGCUUGUGUUAUAAGAUACUAGGUUAACGAACAGAAUACAUAUACUGUACAUAUAUAUUAUAGCUAUUAACGGGAUUGUUACCAUGUACCUUGUUUUUUAUAGUGAGAAUAGUGAGAAUGUGGCCAAUGGUAGGGGUAUCGAGCGCAGUAAAAGACGACGUCAGAGGGUAGACCGAUAUGUCUGCCAAUAACAUCUACCCGCAAUUACUUCAGUUACUCCGUGAUCAUGGCGCUUGCAACAGUGCCGAAAUAUCGGAGACUCAUAAAAAACAAGGUACAUGGUAACAAUCCCGUUAAUAGCUAUAAUGUUAGUGACCAUGAAAGUUUAAAACAAUAUAUUGUACAUAUCUACAUAUAUUUAUAUCGAAAAUACAUAAUUAUACAUCCACGACUGGAGUACAAAUGCUCGUUUCCAUCAUACAAGCAUCUGCCCCCACCGGGAUUCGAACCCGGGACCUCUGAAGUCGGCGACACCAUGAAACCCGGCGUACAGACCACUCGCCCACGGAGGUCGUCAAAGAGAUUUGACUCAAAUAUCCUUACGAAUACCAAAUACGAAUAGUCAUGUGAAGUGCCAACAUUACAUAAGAAUAUUGUUAAAUGUGAAAAUAUUAAGUUACCUGUAAAUAUCCAUAAGUUAGUUUAAUAUAUGAAAGAAAGCACAAGAGAAUCGUGCAAAGAGAAAGAAAAAACAGUGUAAAUAGAGUUAUUCGGGAAAAUCAUAAUAUUUUAAUACUUAACUUUAAAAAAAUAAAAAUAGUCCGAGCAGAUUUCGAUGUAUUAGAGCUUAGCGUGGGUUUGAAUUUAACUUGUAAUCCCGAAAAAAUAGGAGAUUUUCUAAAAAUAUACAAGUCAAAUAUUUAUAAUUUUCCCAGCUUAUUUUUUAUUAAGCUCUCUCCGUUAAAAAACAAGUUCUCUAUAAAUAAUAAAAUUAAAUCUCACGCGACGACUCUUAAACUCUGUGUCAAGUACUAAGUAGGUAGUGAAAAGUAAGUACUUCUUAUUCUUAAGUAUGAAGUUCUACAGUAACUUUGCAAUCAAUCAGAAAUCAAUAUAUCUUUAUUCAAUAAAAUUGGAUGUAUGUACUAUACACACUUUUGAAUCGUGCAAACAUUUUUUUCCCUUCCACUCGUUAUUGGAUAUAUCUUUUAGCUGCGGAGAAAAACGAGCGAAAUAAAGUCCGCAACAUUAAAAGUAUAAUGUAACAACAUUUAAAAAUCAUUAUGUUGUUACAACGUCAAUACAAUCAUGAUUUAUUUAAUAUAGAAAACCUGUUGGAAUGAUUGGAACAGUUCAAACCCAAGCAUAUUUGUCUGUAAUAUAAUCAGACACUUUGUAAUAAGCUUUUUUAAUAAGUGCUUUUUUAUAUUAUCUUUGAAUUUAUUUAUGGUUAACACUCAAUCACACUACCUAUCUGUACUGUAACCCAAAAUAAACGCAUAAAUUGUACCCUAGAUACUUUAAAACCCAAAGUAGUUUUUCUGUCUCAUACAAAAAAUAUAAGUAAAGUUUGAAAAUUUGGUCUUUAUGUUAUACGUAGUACCUACACAAUCAUUAACCAGUAGUUUUCAAAUAUCGUUGUGAUACUCUUAGCUGUUUUUUCCUACCAAUAAUUUUACAUACUUACAUGAAAACUUGAUACAAAAACGUCUAUUAAUUAGGUUAAAUGUUUUAAAAGUAUUAAUGUCAAUAAGUAUUUUAUGGUCUGACCAAAAAUUGCGAUCUGAAUGUAUGUGUAUAUUUUUAAAACUAUGUGUGAGAGAUUACCUUAAUGGUUUAUUUUAACGUUUACGAAUUAUUGUACGUAUGAAAAUUAUAUUAAUAGAUCUCUGACGUUAAUAAUAAGAUAAAGAAGAAUAAAUGCAUAGUAAGUAAAGCCUAUUUUAAUAAUUUCCUAUUCAGCACGAGCAGGGCCGGAUCUACCAUAUGGCUUUUUGGGCUUCAGUCCAGGGCCCCGUGAAUUCAAG